UGACAGUUUUCAAUUCUUCAACCAACAAAAAUUCAGUCACUGCACCUAACCCUCCAAACGACACAGUAUCUCAUAUGUCGUUUGGUCCAAACAUGGCGACCUCUGUACUCUUGGCAGCCUCUUCAUGGGAAGCAUCAAUUUCAUGCUAUGAAGUGACUUCUGACAGGAAUGUAAUUUACAAAGCAAAGAAAACAGACACUCAGCCAAUCUUCCACACAUGUUGGAGUCUCGACGGUAAACAAAUAUAUUCAGCCUGUGGAGACAAUUUUGCAAAGUUGUGGGACUUGCAGAGUGACCAGUACGUCAAUGUAGCCAAGGUACUCAUAAUUUGUAUAUUUCUAGCACGAUAA